GAUGUCAUGUAUACCAGGGUGGGAUGUACCCGGACCGGUGUCCUAUAAAACCAACGCAUGAUCAUAUCAUGUCGAUGUCCUGUAAAUUCAGUUACUAUACUGACUGCACAACAGAGAGCCUUUAUGUUUGUAUUAAGUUAUCACACAAUACCAGUUACAGUCAGUCACAUAUUUAAUAUUGGAUGAUAAUGUGAAGUGAAGACAAAGUGUCUCCAUAACUAACAUUUGCUUUGAUAUCAUUCAUACAAUGUUGAAGGUAAGAAGCAUAGCAGAAUAGUUUGGUUGUACUUUGAUACAAUGGUGGAAAAGGUUAGAAUACACUCGAGGUGUAAUAUGCACCUUCAUUCAUAUCUAUUAGUUGUAUGUUAAUAGAUAUUGACAAAUAAGAAUCGGUGGUUAUUAUUUUUCAUUAAAUGAAUCAUACGAUUUGGAUUAGAGAAUUAGAGACUGUGUUUCACCUAUUAGAGAAUAUGGUAUAGCAUCAUGUGCCAAGCUCCGUUAAUACAUGGUCUAAAUACCAAUUCUAUAGGAGUACGGUAAGGUGGCGUACACGAGCUUAAACCAUGUACAACUUAUGAAGUUGACAAUUGUUGGUCAAUCAAAGAUCUGAUGGUCAUGAAUAAUAUUAUCCAAGCGGCGAUGAAGUUACAGCGUUGUUUGACUUUAUUGUUAAUCAUCAUUAAAACCUAGAGUAAAUGUAGCGACCCUCAUAUCAGAUAAGUCAGUGAUAAUAGGUAACAAUAAUAAAUAAAUAUGAAAAGUAGGAAUCUGAUACCAUUGGAAAAAUGACAAAAAAUAUAAGGAAAAGUACAAACAAAUGACACUCGCGCCCAUCGGGCGGGUACAAAACUAGUAAUGUGAUUAGGGAAGAACGAAGAAGGUGAAGAAUCAGUAUUAGAGUUAUGGGCUCUUCUUCGUUGAUUUGGGCUGUAGGCCUCUGAGUUUGGAUUCUUCUUCAUCUAUUUGGGGUUUUUCUUCUUUGCCUAUUUGGGUUUGCGGGGAUUACAGAUCUGGGUGAAUGCAGAAAUUCCUAAAUUCAGGGGAAGAAAUUAAUAAUUGUCUAGAAAUAUUUUUAAUAAAUAAUAUUUGUUUAAUUUGAUAUGUCGUGGCAUAAUGUGUAAUUAUUAAAUAAAGUUAAUAUAUGACAUGUCACUUUGGCUUAUUUGGUGCUUAUGUGUGCGGUUAGUGAGAGCCUAGUCGGGAACUAUUACAGAAGUUGACGGUGUUGGUAACACCGUUAAAGAAUCGAACAAAAAUGGCUAGAUUUGUCUUACAACAACUACAAAAUCUGGCUAUAAGUGGUAUUUCACCAAAAUUGGCUAUUAUCGUAACAAACGCGUAAGUUUUGGCUAUACAGAUGUAUUAAGCCUACAAACUAUCACUCAAAAUGAGUGACAGUUAAAUCUCAAACUUUCGUUGAAAUUGUUUGAUUGAGAUUGUUGAGUUUUAUUUUUCUUCCAACUAUAUCCCUACAUUUUUAUAUGUGUUGUUUUUUAUAUUAUAAACAAAGGGUAAAGUGACAUUUUACCAAAAAGUCAUUGUCAUCGCCACCAUGAUCAUAAUUGUCACUACCAUUAACAACACGCUCCCAAAAACUACAUCAAGCAUCAUCCAUGAGAAGAAUAUUGCAGCACAACCAUAUGAUCACUUUACCUUCUUUUACCCGAAAAGCUACUUGAUCAACCCACUUUUUGCCAAACAACCAGAUGCCCCUUAGACCUGAUCGUUAGAAAGCUCUUAAAAGCGUGCUAAAAGCUAGCUAUUAAGUAUUUUAGAGCUCCUAAAUAGCUUAUAUUAAGCUUAUGAUGCGAAAAGAGUUUACAAAAAAUGUAGAAGCUUAAUUUUUUAAGUUUAAGCUAUAGCUUUUAACUACAUUGAUAUUUCUUAUUGUUGACUAUAGUUUAUAGUGAACAAACCUCAUGAUCGUGACAGUUACCUUUGAAUUUAAAAAGCCCACUCAAUGUGCACUAUAAAAGUUUAAACUGCUUUUAGAGACUACUACUCAUACUUACAUACUUGUGGGGUAGUGGAGUUGGGCUAAGUGGGUGAGUUAGGUUUUAGGCUUGGGCUUAAGGGGUGGGCGGAGGGGAGGGGUGUGGGUUGAGGGAGUGUUCUCUGGGUUGGGCUAAGCUAGGUUUCGGGCUUUUGGACUUGGUCGAGGGUAGUGGGCUAUGAGAUGGGUUGUACUAAAUUGGAUUGACCUAGUUGUGUUUUAAACCAGAAUGAACUUGGUUUGGUUUUCUCGUCUAUCUCACAAUUGGAAUUUGAAUCAAACCGAGUUGAAUAUGAUUUUUGGUUGUAAUAGGACCGGUUUAUACAAUUAGGUUCCGAUUUAUCCAAAAAAUUUGAUUGAAUUCUCAGUCGUAUAUUUAAGCAUAUUAAUUUUUCUUGUACUUUCUUUAUCCUUUUCUUCCUUCUCCACCCACAAUAAUUCCACCUUCUUUUUUCAUCAAAACUCUGUCGCCCCUCCCUCCCCACUUACAAGUUACAAACCGCAUCCUUCUCCCUAAAUUAUCCGUCGUCUCACGUUCAGGCGGAGUCAGGGGCGCCGGAAAUAGGGCAUACAUUUAUGACCCUCAGAACUAGGAUUCUAACGAGUCCAUACGGGUUUGGUGCACGGUCGCAGGUUGCCACAGUGGAAGGAUCCGGUGGAGGAUGGAAGGAUUAGUCUAUUUCUCUCUCUAAUUGCAGCAAACCGAGAUCAUAGGGAAUAUGCCCCUGUUUUUUCGGCGACAAUAGAGGAGCCCGUUCUCCAUAAGAUUUUUUGGAUACAGGAUUAUCCUUUCCGUAUCAGAAACAGUUGUGGGAAAGAUAUAGAUCCCUUGAAGUGGGACUCUGCGGGUUAUAAAUUUCGGUGCUCCCUGCCCAGUAUUCUCAUAACAAAAUAUCGAAGAGAAUUGAGCGGAGCAACUGUGAAUUGGACCUCGCACCCAAUACGAAGAUAAGGUAAGAGUUGUCAUUCGAUUAACUAUUUUCCUUCUGAAUUAGCUAUGAUUAUUAUGCGCCCUUUGUUGAUUACGAACCCCCUGCUCCUAGUCGUGUGAUUGAUCAGGCAAGUAUUUCUGAUUCCGUGGUGACUAGUGUAAGCGAGGUUGAGUUCUCUAGCAGAGGAAUCACAACCUAUAGCCUCAAGAGACCGGGUCUGUACAAGCCUAUGUUCGCUCGUGGAAAACUACUCUCCUGCGAUGAUGAGUUACUCUCGCCAAUCCCUAUAGACCGUUGGUUUCUUGAUUAGUUUAACGUUAAUAAGGGACAGGCGGGAUGAAUCUUCACUCGAGCAACGUUGCACCGAAGAACCCGAAGUUCAAGUACAGGUCUUCGGAACUCUGUGAUGCCUUCUGGUUCCAGAAUUUCAAGUUCCCUGACCUGCGUUCGUCCCUUAUUUUUGUUGGGAGGAUUAAAACCUUGGAUUCUGUCCCUCAUCCCUCCGGUGGCCUCCGUCCGUUCUAUUAUGGGGAUGUCGCCGAUGUUUUAUUUAUACAACGGGUCAAAGGGGAGUUUUGAACCUUACUACGUGAAAACCUAUAUAUCCUUCAAGGGUUUAAAUGUUGACUUUGGUCGUUUUGAUUGUCUGCGCAUGUGUGUGAAUUUUUGGUAUCCUCACUUUCUUGGGUUGCAAACUUUGGUUACUGUAGGGUGCACUAAUAUCCGUGUUUGGGAAUUUACAAGUAAUUCAUUGCUUUUGUCAUUUAACCUCGGUGUUUUGAUGGAUGAUCAGGUUUCUAGCUCAAACACUAGAGUAAUCCCGAAGGAAAGUAUAGCCCACAUGGUCAAAAAUCAGAUUGUACAAUUCAAGUUGGAAGAGGUUCAAUCCUCCCACUUCCGAGCUUCCCACACUCUCAUUGGUAGGUUGUUUGGGGAUAUGAUGCCAUCGACGACUGAAAUCCGUGAAGCAAAUUAUGGUGAAAGUUAUCAUCGAUUUCACCAAACCUUUUUGCUCUCAGAUCAUGGCCCUGAAUGAGGAAACUUUGUUUCUAGGUCAGCUUGAAGUAUGAGUUUCUACCCAACAUUUGUUUCGAAUGUGGCCGUGUGGGACAUUGCUUUCAGACAUUUGCAUUUGAUCCACAACAAGGGAAAGAGUGGUUUGGGGCACAUAUGUCUACCAAAGUACUUGGGGGAGAAGCUCUAUGGAGAAGAGGAUGACAAUCGAUCAUUCUAUGGUGUCUCUAGGUCAGUUUGGAUCAAUCUGGAGGCUGCUGGAAAGAGGAGUACAUGGCAAAGUAGUAAGCAGCAGAAGCAAAAAGAGAUGUCCAAGAAGACACCUCCUAUGAAGCAUACAGAUGCCUCAACCAGGAGAUCGCUGCAAAUAGGGGACUCCAUAUACCAGGCAAAGCACAGGGAGGACAAGAAGAGCGAAGGAAGAAGUCCUCGUGGCUUCAUGGUGGCUAAAUCAUCAAAGCUUCAAAGGGUGUCGCGGAGGAAAGAAGAGAAGGACUAGAUGGUUCAGCUACACAAGGAGUCCAAUGGACUUGACAAGGACACCAUUCCCUUGAUCCGCAAGGGAAAAGGAUGGGUGGUAACUCCUCGGGCAUGGAAGUCCAGGGCUGCUAUGGACGGAUGUAACACAAAGUAAGACCAAUGAAGAUGGACCAUUUGG